GAGUCGAAGGGGAGGUGCUGUUACGUGUCACCGUCAGACGCACAAACCUCCAAGAUUACAAUAACUGCGUAUCGCCACGGCGGACGCCAGACCCACUUUCAAAUACAGCUUUGGAUCACCUCUUUCGAGUCCGUCGAAUAUGUGGCGUCACUAUACCAUACCUACUUUUGCUAUUCUGCCGCGAUCUUUCUGCUUCUCUCUCUCUCCCUCUCUCUCUUAGUCGCAUCGCCCCCCGAACCAACUGACACUCUGAGUUGGAGCCGGCCACGACCGGCGGAUUGGACCGCUCAGGUCAUGGAGAAUGGACCUCCUACUCCUGGAUUGGAUGAUGGGACAAUUGAUGUCGAGCGUCUGCUUGGGGAACCCCAAGAUGGGCAUGAAUCAAUGGAUAGUAUGAUCUGUUUUAAUGAGAAGAUUCAAGCAAAUGGCAUGGACAUGGAAGAUGUUUCCUGCAGUUUUGGUUGCACAGAUGCUGCAAUUGCUCGGGAAAGGAAAGACAUUCUCCGUGGAGAAGUGCUUGAAGUAAUGCCCAGUGAAGUUGAAGCUGGAUAUUACCGAUUGCAUAGUGAUUUCUGUAGCAUGGGAGAAGAUUACCUUUUAGGUUCAGGUGUUGAUUUUGAUGAAGGUAUUACAAAUUUGGGAUAUGGCUCAAGUGGAGGUUUUCCUGCUGCAGUUUCAGACAAUCAGAUGCCAGUGUCCAGUGCUGGUUCUGAUUCUGCUUGGAAAUCAGAUUUAUUUAGAAUAACAGAAGAGCCAGACUGCUCCAAUGAUCAAUUUACUGUUCGGAGCUCUGAAUUAAGUGAUAUUCCUAAUUGCCAUGACUGUCAAAUGCGGGUUGAGGAGAAACCUUCAGUCUCACAUCGAUUUACUUCAAGAACUAUUGGCAACUAUAAUAAAAGUUCAAGUUGUUCUUUCCGGGAAACCUUAUCUGAUGAGAAUGGUGGUAGACUGACCCCAUUACGUCAGAUGCUCUGCAGUCAAAAUGUGCGGAACAAUCAUGAAUUUGAACUGACUGACCAAGAAGUUAAGACUAACACAUGUGAUGGACACAAGGAAGAAGCAAAGUUGUCUGUUAAAGCAAGUGGUAUUGAUGACCUCACUACACAAAAGAGAUCACGGAAACCAACACAGAGGUACAUCGAUGAGUUACCAGACCCUUUUUCAACAUUUUCUAAGAAAAGACGAUCUUUGGCUGUUAAGGAGAAACCCACUGUAGUCAAAGACAAGAAGAAGUGUCCUAUUGGAUCUAAAGAGCUAAGGUUUCUUGAUGAAGAGUCUUCAGUCAAAGCCAUUCAAGUGCCGUUUGCUUCUUUAGUACAUAAAGAAUGUCCAAAGGAGCAGGUGAAUGAUUCGGUACAGCCUGUGGAUAGCAGAAAAUUGAUGCCCAUAUCAAAAUGUAAACGUGUUACUCCAGAGAAUCAGAAUGAAAUUGUCCCUGCAGCGCGUCCCAAGGUAAAGGAUUAUUGUGCUCCAGCCCAGAAAAAGAGGGAGGCCUGUGUAACUACAGUUUAUAAAAAGAAAAGGAAUGGCCGGAUUACAGCAGGAAGUCAAAAGAAAUGGGUUAAUUGUAUCAUCGAUGAUGGUCCAAAGAACAGAAAUGACAAUGCUGCAGUAGUGAGUCCGAAGAAAAGGGAAGAGCAUUUCUCAGCAAAGCCACAAAAGAAAAGAGACUGUCUUGAUGCUGAGAGUCUUGAAGAAGCCAAUGGUCGGAGGAAGCAUCAUAGAUUAUGGACUAUCUCAGAGGUUAAAAAACUGAUUGAUGGUGUCGCCCAAUAUGGAGUUGGAAGAUGGAGUCGGAUAAAGAAGCUUUUCUUUUCUUCAUCUGCUCAUCGGACUUCUGUUGAUCUCAAGGACAAAUGGCGAAACCUUUUGAAGGCAAGCGGCAUUCAGGAACAAGGCAGCCAGCAGGGGGAGAAGAAACGAAGUGUGGCCUGGCGCCCUCUUCCCAAGUCCAUCCUACGCCGUGUGUGUGAACUGGCAACCCUCUACCCUUACCCAAAAGGGCAGAGGCCCAAGAUCGGGGGGCAUAGUAGUAAUAUUAUUGUUCGAGAUUCUUCUCCGGACAGAAGUGGUGAUACUAUGGUUCGGGAUUCUUCUUCUCCAGACAGAAGUGCUGAUAUUACGCUGAGCGACUAUAGAAGGAUCCUGCGGAGUAUAAAUGGGAACGAAUGACUAGGUAACUGUAUACAAUUUUCAACUGCACCUCCACCACCCCGUGAAUUGUCGCAGCCUACUGCUGUUGAGUCUGAACAUUGUGCUGCUGAGGGAAAUGAGGGGGGCUUGUUAUUUAAACAUUUGGGACUGAUUUAUAUCUUGUUCUAUCUAUUGAUAAUCGAAUGUAGUAAUGACUGAUUUGGCGUUUGUUGACAGAUGAUCAUCAUUCUGGAUUUUAGUGUUUCUUCUUACUUGAAUCUAA